AUGGCAACUCUGCAGGAUCUUUAUCCUGCACUUUCGGCGGUAGCGGAGGCACUUCGCUCGCAGCCCACUCAAAUCAAAGCUAUGGAAGCUCAAUUAGACCAGGUUCUCAAAGUCCCUCAUGCCUACAAUGCGGCCCAGGAGUUGGCUUCGCAAAAGUCUAUCCCAGAAGAAGUUCGGCAGCUCGCUCUUUCCAGGGUCAAGAACAUGGUUGUCCAAAGCUGGAGAUCUAAAACUAUAUUUAGUGAUGAAGACCGAGAGCAAAUUAAAGCUCGCGUUAUGCAGUUCCUUGACGAACCUAAUAAUGCCAUCUCGUAUCACAAUGAAACAAUUGCAGGCAAAAUCGCUCGUCAGGACUUUCCACGAACUUGGCCGAACAUCAUUACCGAUCUUGCAAAAGUUAUUCAGGAAAGCGCCCAAAAGCGCCUGUCGAAUGACAAUGAUCCUACAGCAACACUAGUUACUCGUCGUGCGCUCCAGGUGCUAGGUGCCGUACUCGAUGAAUACUCGUCCAAAGUCCUUGCGACGACAACUCCUGUUAUGAUUCAGCUGACUGGUACCCUACUUAACCCACUAUCCACUUUAUAUGGGCAAUUCAGCGCUCGUUAUUUCUCUCGCCUUAACCCUGGGACUGUUAAUGACCCCGACGUCGGCUACGAUGUCGAGAUCGCCCAGCUGUUAUUCCGAAGCAUCACGCGUUUGAUGAUAUAUGUGUGGAAUCGGGUCAAGCAGCUCAGUCCACAAGAGGACCAAAUUGUUUCCGAAUUUUUCCAGAAUUCGGUCACUCAACUUCAAUCAGUCUUCAACUUCCGAGUGGAGUUGAUCAUGGCCCUUCAUUCCUCUCAGCAAUUUUCGUCAUUAAAUGCACAUGGCGAACACACACUCAAGCUCCUUAAAGACCACAUCCAGUUCGUGGUCGACGAUUAUUUCAGGGCCAUGCAGAAGCAGGCAGUUUCUCGAUUUAUUACUAUGCCAAGGUGUACUGAACUUGUCCGGUAUUCCUGGGACCAAGUAGUUAAAGCGAUGAAUAGCCCGGCAGAGUUGAGGACGAACGAAGCCACUGCCGCAUACCCUUCGCACUUCUUAUGCUCAGCAAUGCUAUUGUUCCGCGAAAGCCUUGCGAUGUGGUCUCCCAAUCGCCAAAAUGCAUCAGAAGGUGAUAUACUUCCCUCUGACUUUGUCGAAGGGGCUGUCCAGCAGCUUGUUCAAACUUUCUUGCCCCUGAGUGAUGCUAGUCUGGAACUUUGGUCUGAGGAUCCUGAAGGAUUUAUCGAAGAGGAAGAAAAAGGCGGAGAUGCUUGGGAGAUUGACCCUCGGCCCUGUGCUGAGCGUGUAUUGAUUACCUUUGCAGCAAAGUAUACUGACAUUGUGAUACCUGUGUUAAAAGCAAUGUUUGAUGCAGUCACUACAACGGCGACGACAGAUUUGGCUACAGCAAAGCAGAAGGAAGCUUAUUAUGCGGCCAUUGGAAGAUGUGCGCAUCGACUGAAGGAUGUAAUCGAUUUUGACCAAUGGCUUACUCAGGUUGUGGUCAAGGAGGUCAGCUCCACAGAUCCCCUCGACCGCGUAGUCAAACGUCGGGUUGCGUGGGUUAUUGCGAAGUGGUAUUCUGACAAACAGCUACCCGCAUCUGAUGGAACAGUUUGGGAAGUUCUCCGUUACCUGGUUCAGGAUCAAGGCGAGGCUUCGGACCUGGUUGUCCGACUGACUGCAGCCAUUGCUGUAGGUGAAUGCGUUGAUACCCUCGGGUUCAAUGCGGAUGUCUUCCAACCGCAUCUGCCUUUUGUUAUCGAAGGGCUUGUUCAAUUGGCUUCAAGCUGCGACACAUAUGAGAGCAAAACGCGGGUCAUCAACGCAUUGGGGAGAGUGAUUGAGUGUGUCGGUCAGAAAGUUGUGCCUUUGGUUGGUCCUAUCCAACAGGUGGUUGCCUCAUUGUGGCAAGCAUCCAGCACCGCUGAUGGGAGUGCGACGGUGGGAAGUGAUGGAGCAGUGUGGUUAUUCAGGGCGGCUAUGCUGGUAUUGGCCAAGGCGCUGGUCACGGCAUCUAGAGAGCAAUCCGAGUCUCUGAUCCCAAUCGUUGUUCCUCUUAUCCGACAAAGCCUGACACCAGAAUCGAAAUUGCACUUGGACCAGGACGCGUUAGACCUAUGGCUUGCUGCCAUGCGCAAUGCUGCCUCACUUCCGGCUCCGCAUCCAGGAGUACUCAGCCUCUCGGAGCUGAUUCCGGAAUUGGUUCAACAAAUGCACGACAACAUCGAUUUGCUUGGAACACUGCUUCAAAUCCUUGAAAGCUAUCUUCUGUUAAAUGCAACCAUGGUCGUUCAACUGCAUGGCCCAGCUUUAUUUGACGUCAUGAAAAAGAUAUUGAGCUCUUUUAAUGUUAGGGAUGUUCUUGCUGCGUCCGAGUUGAUUUUCCGGUUGGCCGAUCCAACUUCGUGGCCAGAAUCUCUGCAUAAUUCUGCGUACUUCUGGGAUUUGCUAAAGAAUGUCAUCGAAGAUAAGCUCAAUGCAAGCGUGCUUUCCGAGCAUAUAUGCUUGUUUUCGCGUAUCGCGUUACAGGAUCCGAAUGUAUUCAACCAGCUUAUCACUGCGGGGGCCACAGCCCACCAAGCACAAGAGGGCCCUCUUUUCGAGGGGUUACUUGACCAAUGGUGGAACAAGUUUGAUGUGAUUGCCGAGUCUCGACUUCGAAAGUUGACUGGAAUGGGAAUAGCAGCGCUGGUUUCCACUGGUCGACACGAAAUUAUGGAUCGCCUUUCGACAGAAAUUUUGAACAUGUGGAUGGAUAUUCAUGGUGAACUCAAGGAAUCGCAAGUUGCUAUGGACGAAUGGAUUAAAGGAGGGUCAAACCCUGAUGAGGAGCCGUUGCACCUUCACUGGGAACGAGGCGGAAACACACCUCCUGAUACAUUCAUGCGGGGAUCUGAGGACACUCCGGAAGAGGCGAGGCGGAAACAAGUUUGGGAAAACGAUCCUAUCCGGAAGGUUAAGUUUACAACAUUCGUUGCAGAAAAAAUGCAACAAGGUACCGUCGCCUGCGGUGGCCAGGAGGUGCUACAAACCAAGUAUCUGAAGCAUGCCGAACCUGCCCUUCUCCAGCAAUUGGAAGUCGCGCUUGCAUCAGGGCUAUAA